CGGAUGCGAGUCGCUAGAGUCCGUGCCGUACAUAUAAACCUAAUUUUGCUAUUAAUGACUAUCGUUAAAACCCUGUACCUGUUGAGUGCUUAUUAUUCGUCAACUUAUUUUGCUUCGUUAUUAUCAUGAAGAUGAUUAAUUUAUACAAGUCUUUUUCUACUCUUGAACGUCAGGUUUUAGAGGUUUCCACUAAAACCUGCAGUGCAAGUUUAAGACGCUAUGCAGACCUGCUGGGGUCAAAAGGGCCCCCAGAGCUUCUUGAGAAAAAGUGGCAGCUGAACUUUUACCAGAAAGAAAAAGGCAAAGUUGCUGGCAAACUUCCUUUCAAAUUGAAAGUAGAGAAGGGCAAGCUUUAUCAUUGGUGUGCCUGUGGACAAAGCAAACAUCAGCCUCUGUGUGACGGAACCCACCACAUCCCCGUGCUCAAGAUUAAACUGCGCCCCCUUUCUUUCCGCGCCCCAGAAGACGGCUUCAUGUGGCUCUGUACAUGCAAACAGACCAACAAUGCUCCCUUCUGCGAUGGAAGUCACAAGUGUGAAGAAGUCCAGGAGACUCUUAAUGUUUGACGUCAAGUUAACUAGUCAUUUGUACCAUUUGCUCAUUUAUUUAAAAAACAUUGUUUCACACCAGUUUAAUUUUUUUGUCUCCGCUAUAGCUAGCCAUUGUAUCUAUUUGAAAACGUUCAAUGAGCAUUUCUUCAAUGGACUUUACAAACAAAUAUCCAGGUGCAAAUAGCAGCCAUUGAGAGUAAAUAUUUUCUUUGUGUAGAAUAAAUAUUUUUUCAAAGAGUUUUGAUCACGGCUCUGAAUUUGAUCAUUGUGGUUGCAUAAUUGACAUGUCUCAGAGAGCAGUGAGGAGCUACUACGCUAUGUGAGCUGCGCCAUUAAAUGGUGAAGAACCAAGCGUUUCCGGUGUAUUGCCUCGGGAUUGCCUAGUGUACAACUCUAAGGAUGCUAAAGAGCGUAAAAUCAUUAUCAUUGUUACCAUUCCUGGUAGGAACGAUUACAGUUUACUUGCUUUCCGCCUCUGACUAUGAAGUAAUGUCAAUAAUGACAUCUGCAAAUUGCAUGUCAGAGCUAAAAUAUAUGUGUAGCCUCAUAAUUAAUGUAGCUUCAAUAAAAUUGUGUACAGUAACGCAUUUCAAGUUGUUUCAGGUUUCAAUUUUUAACAGAAUGAAGGCACAGAAUCAUGAUUAUUUCAAGUUAGAAUUUACAAUCUAUUACAAGUGGUUAGCUGAAUUGAAGUCUCAUUCUCCAGCAAUCACAUGUGUUGCUGAACUACCAGAACACAAAAAAAAUUAAUUUACCAUUCAAAGAUUGCUGAUGAAGGCAAUGACAAAUGAUUAAAGACUUUAAAUGUUUAUAAUACAAUCAUAUAUUAUACUAUACAAGCUUCA